AGUCCGAGGGCGACAGUGAUGGCGGCGGCGGGAAGCGGCCCCGGCCCCGGAGCAGUUGCCGGCCCCGGCCCAGGAGCGGCCGCAAAUGCAACCGCUGCAGAAGAGGGGGAGACGAAGCCGGUGGCGGCGGUAGCAACCGCUCCGGCCGGAGAGGGGACAUCGGCUGCUCCGGCAGCUGAGCCCAGUUCCGGAGAGGCUGAAAGCGGGGAUGCAAACUUGGUUGACGUAGGUGGUGGUUUGGAGACAGAAUCCUCUAAUGGAAAAGAUACGCUAGAAGGUGCUGGGGAUACUUCAGAGGUGAUGGAUACUCAGGCUGGCUCAGUGGAUGAAGAGAAUGGCCGACAGCUAGGAGAGGUGGAGCUGCAGUGUGGGAUAUGUACCAAAUGGUUCACAGCAGACACCUUUGGCAUAGAUACCUCAUCCUGUCUACCGUUCAUGACCAACUACAGUUUUCAUUGCAAUGUGUGCCAUCAUAGUGGGAAUACCUAUUUCCUCCGGAAGCAAGCAAACCUGAAGGAAAUGUGCCUUAGUGCUUUGGCCAACCUAACAUGGCAGUCCCGAACACAGGAUGAACAUCCAAAAACCAUGUUCUCCAAAGAUAAGGAUAUUAUACCAUUUAUUGAUAAAUACUGGGAGUGCAUGACAACCAGACAGAGACCUGGGAAAAUGACUUGGCCAAAUAACAUUGUUAAAACAAUGAGUAAAGAACGAGAUGUGUUCUUGGUAAAGGAACACCCUGAUCCUGGGAGUAAAGACCCAGAAGAAGAUUACCCCAAAUUCGGACUUUUAGAUCAGGAUCUUAGUAACAUUGGUCCUGCUUAUGACAACCAAAAACAAAGCAGUGCAGUGUCUACCAGUGGGAAUCUAAAUGGUGGAGCCACUUUUGGAGGGGGAAUUGCAGCAGGAAGCAGUGGAAAAGGAAGAGGAGCUAAGCGCAAACAGCAGGAUGGAGGGACCACAGGGACCACCAAGAAGGCCAGGAGUGACCCUUUGUUUUCUGCUCAGCGCCUUCCCCCUCAUGGCUACCCCUUGGAACACCCGUUUAACAAAGACGGCUACCGGUACAUUCUAGCUGAGCCUGAUCCCCACGCCCCCGACCCCGAGAAGCUUGAACUUGACUGCUGGGCAGGAAAACCUAUUCCUGGAGACCUCUACCGAGCCUGCUUGUACGAACGGGUUUUGUUAGCCCUGCAUGAUCGAGCUCCCCAGUUAAAGAUCUCUGAUGACCGGCUGACUGUGGUUGGAGAGAAAGGUUACUCUAUGGUGCGGGCCUCUCAUGGGGUACGGAAAGGUGCCUGGUACUUUGAAAUCACUGUGGAUGAAAUGCCGCCAGACACCGCUGCCAGACUGGGUUGGUCCCAGCCCUUAGGUAACCUUCAAGCUCCCUUAGGUUAUGAUAAGUUUAGCUAUUCUUGGCGGAGCAAAAAGGGAACCAAGUUCCAUCAGUCCAUUGGCAAACACUACUCUUCUGGCUAUGGACAAGGGGACGUCCUGGGGUUUUAUAUUAACCUUCCUGAAGACACAGAGACCGCCAAGUCAUUGCCUGACACUUACAAAGAUAAGGCUUUGAUAAAGUUCAAGAGUUACUUGUAUUUUGAGGAAAAAGACUUUGUGGAUAAAGCAGAGAAGAGCCUAAAGCAGACUCCCCAUAGUGAGAUAAUAUUUUAUAAAAAUGGUGCCAAUCAAGGUGUGGCUUACAAAGAUAUUUUCGAGGGGGUUUACUUUCCAGCCAUCUCGCUGUACAAGAGCUGCACGGUCUCCAUUAACUUUGGGCCAUGCUUCAAGUAUCCUCCGAAGGACCUCACUUACCGCCCCAUGAGCGACAUGGGCUGGGGCGCGGUGGUGGAGCACACCCUGGCCGACGUCUUGUAUCACGUGGAGACGGAGGUGGAUGGCAGGCGCAGUCCCCCGUGGGAACCCUGACCAGGCCCUGCCUUCUUUCCAGACACAGACCUUCUGGGGAGGAACACUGGGGUUUUUGUUAUUAUUAGCGAACUGUCUCAAAUGUUCUUCCAAAGAUGCUGCAGAACACAGCCUCUCCUGUCAGCAAGUCAGAGGGCUGGGCGAGGCUGGCCCGCUGCCCUUUGGCAUUGUCUCCCCACUUCAGCCACCGCUCUUACCCUGUGUGCCAUCCACCAACAGCUGCUGACCCCAGGAUCCCGUGCGCUCCCUGUGGAAUUGGUGCUGUACCACACACCCUGCCAGCUAGGUCUUGUUACCUUACUGUAUUUUCUAAGGAGUGAAUAAUCUUGUCCAAAUGACUAACUUAUUUAAAGACAUUUCCUUCUGUGGCCAUUGCCUCCAUCUUACCUGUCCUCCAAGGAAGUGCUGGGCCUGUGUCUGAGAACAGCUGAAAUCAGUCGCUGUACAUUCCAAAGCAAUCUAAGAGCUGUUUCCUUUUGGUGUGGGUUUGGCUUUGUUAUUGAUUUUGAAAUACACUUUUGAACACUGGGAUCUCGGAAACUACUAGAUCUCUAGAAUUGUAAUUGUGAAAGAGCUUGCUUGCAGCUUUAACAAAAUGAGAAACUCUUCCAAAAUAAAACUUGUUUUGAAG